GCUAGGGGUAGUAGUCCGAAAAAAUGUUAAAUUAUUUUAUUUUUUUCCCAUGUAGUCCGAAAUCGAUUUUUUUGGGAAAAAGAAAGAAGAAAUUUGAAUAGAACUUUAGAGAAUGUCAAGCUCAACAUCUUCAACUGAUGCCGGGACCUCUCCUCCAAGACGUAGGCGGAGACAUGAUACGUCAUCAUCUGCGGAGGAGAGGCCUCGCGGCCCAGAGACCGCUGGAGAGGAGGAAGCUGGUGGUGGAGGACAUGAAGCGGUCGCUCCUCCCGUUGGAUCCAACAGAGGUCGUCAAUCGAAAGCCAGAGGAAGUCGGGGAGCCCGCGGCGGUCGUGUUCGUGGUCCACGACGCUCCACCAGAACGGAUGAGGAGGAAUUUGGUAGUUGUAUAAUUGACAAUGAACUCCUCAUCCAGAUGGUGGAGGAUAGACCACCACUCUGGGACCACACGGACCGCCGCCAUGCUGACCAUCAUGGUACCCGGCUCCUCUGGCUUGAGAUAUGCGAAGUCUUAGUGCCUAAUUGGGACGACCUCAAUGAGAGUCAACGGGAGGAGUGCCGGACUACAAUCCUGGUGCGGUGGCGGUCAAUGAGGGACCGCUAUAAGAAGGACUACAACGAGGAGGUCAAGUGCCCGAGUGGUUCAGGAGGAAGCCAAAAGUGGCCGUACCGUUAUGCGGCCGCAUUAGGUUUUCUUAGGAGAACCCUACAGCUGCGAAGCACAUCUAGCAGUACUCGGGCGCCACAAGCUCCUCGUGAAGUCCUUCCAGAGUCCGGAGCUCAAGAGGCGGUCCCCGAAGAGCCGCCCACCGCGGGUCCCUCACAUCCUACUCCAACAGCUGGUCGGGACCUCAAUGUUCCCCUACCUGUGCCCUCUGGCGGCGCAACAAUGGCCACAAUGGCACCACUUUUUGAGGCAUUGAUGCGUCGCCAGAGGACCGGUAGGAGCCGUCAGGCGGACUACGAGGAUCUCACAAGGCUCGUUUACGAGUCCUUGAUGGGAUAUACCAAUAGGAUUGCCGCUUUGGAGGAACAAGUGCGACGUCUGCAGGAGGGGGCGGUGCAUACGUCGCAAUUGGGUCCUGUGCAUCACUAUUGGUAUUCGUUGCUCCCCGUGAUGGAACGAUUUACGCCCGACCAGUUGUUUGAGUCCCGAAGACAGGUGGAUAGUGUCUUGUGGCAAGUUCAGCACCGCCCCACAUCCUAUCCCCCAUCCAUGCCCUAUCCCCCAUCACAACCUCAACAACCCCCUACCCAAACUACCUACCCACCUUUCCUACCUCCUCAUCCCCCCAUCCCAGCCUCCACAUUCCACCGAGCACUUUUCUCACCACUUUUCUCCUUCUCCUUCUCCUCCUCAAUAUUUUCCAACUAGCAGUUUCAACACUCCUUCUACUCUGGCUCGGUCAACUCCUUCUCCCGCUCCCCCAUCCAGAUUGAAUACUCCCUCUGUUGUGCUUGCCACAACACACACUUUUAUGUCCACAGGGGCACAGGAACGAGGGGGACCAACCAGUGUUGAAACCUCCACCACCCA